GGAAAAGAUGCGGACGAAUCUGCCGGAGCUGAUCUUCCGGCUGUAAAAACAAGGCGGCAGUCAGCUGACGGUUCCUGCACCGCGGCUGGUUGACAGCGCCGGGUGUGCGGACAGCAGGAGACUCGGAACAAGGGGAGUGCUAUAGAAAUCCUGCCAAAGAAGAUGAAGAAAAACAGAGAAAGAUUCUGCAACAGAGGGAGGGAAUUUGUGUAUGAAUUCAAAGUGGGAAGUCAGUGCUUAGAACUGACGGUGCCUCUCAAAUUUCCUGUUCAAGAGAAUGCCAGUCAUUUACAUGGCCGUCUGAUGCUGCUGCACAAUUUACCAUGCUUUAUAGAAAAAGACUUAAAAGAAGCUCUGAGCCAGUUUAUCGAAGAAGAAUCCCUCAAAGAUUAUGACAGAGAUGCUGAAGCAGCCCUGGAAGCUGUGAAGUCAGGUGAAGUAGACUUACAUCAGCUGGCAAGUACCUGGGCCAAAGCUUAUGCGGAGACCACAUUGGAGCAUGCAAGGCCCGAGGAGCCCAGCUGGGAUGAAGAUUUCGCAGACGUGUACCAUGACCUAAUCCAUUCUCCUGCCUCUGAAACUCUCCUAAAUUUGGAACACAAUUACUUUGUUAGUAUCUCAGAACUGAUUGGCGAAAGAGAUGUGGAGCUGAAAAAAUUACGAGAGAGACAAGGCAUUGAAAUGGAAAAAGUGAUGCAGGAACUGGGAAAAUCACUGACAGAUCAAGAUGUAAAUUCACUGGCUGCUCAGCAUUUCGAAUCCCAGCAGGACUUGGAAAAUAAAUGGUCCAAUGAAUUAAAACAGUCGACUGCCAUUCAAAAGCAAGAGUAUCAGGAAUGGGUGAUGAAACUUCAUCAAGACCUAAAAAACCCCAAAAACAGCUCUCUCAGUGAGGAAAUUAAAGUUCAACCAAGUCAGCUCAGAGAAUCCGCUGAAGCAAAUGGAAGGAUCUAUGAGGAACAGAGAAAGUUAGAAGAAAGUUUUACCAUUCACUUAGGAGCCCAGCUGAAGACCAUGCAUAACCUGAGGUUGCUGAGAGCAGAUAUGCUGGAUUUCUGUAAGCACAAGAGGAGCCACCGAAGCGGCGUGAAGCUGCAUCGACUCCAGACGGCGCUGUCGCUUUACUCCACGUCCCUCUGUGGCCUGGUGUUGCUAGUGGAUAACCGCAUCAAUUCAUAUAGUGGUAUUAAAAGAGAUUUCGCCACAGUUUGCCAAGAAUGCACUGACUUUCAUUUUCCCCGAAUUGAAGAGCAGCUGGAGGUUGUCCAGCAGGUGGUACUUUACGCCAGAACCCAGCGCAGGAGCAAGCUGAAAGAAUCUCACGAUUCUGGAAACCGAAAUGGAGGAAGUGAUGAUAAGACUAAGAAUGCAGAUAGAAACUAUUUAAACAUUCUACCUGGAGAAUUUUACAUUACUCGGCAUUCUAAUCUCUCAGAAAUACAUGUUGCUUUCCAUCUCUGUGUGGACGACAACGUGAAAUCGGGAAACAUCACUGCGCGGGACCCUGCCAUUAUGGGUCUCCGAAACAUACUCAAGGUUUGCUGCACCCAUGACAUCACAACAAUAAGUAUCCCUCUCCUGCUGGUGCAUGAUAUGUCAGAGGAAAUGACUAUACCGUGGUGCUUAAGGAGAGCAGAACUUGUGUUUAAGUGUGUCAAAGGUUUCAUGAUGGAAAUGGCUUCGUGGGACGGAGGAAUUUCUAGGACAGUGCAAUUUCUGGUGCCACAGAGCAUUUCUGAAGAAAUGUUUUACCAACUUAGUAACAUGCUUCCCCAGAUCUUCCGAGUAUCAUCAACACUCACCCUGACAUCCAAGCACUAAACCCCCUAGAUUGAUAUCUGGCAGAAGAGGAUGCGUAAACUAUCCAGGAACUUGAGAUGUGCUGGGAUUCUGUCAAGCAAAAGAUGCCCAGAAAGAGGACUUGCCACCCAAGCCACGAAUCAAAUCAUGAUAAACAUCUGUUAAACGUUCCAAAAUCCACAUGCCGUACAGACUAGUGCUCAGCCCCUUACUUAUACAUUUAUUCUUUUUUUUCUCUCUCUCACACACACACACACACACACACACACACACACACUGUAUUUUAUUUUUACAAGAGAUAAACUGACACCAAGCAUUUUAAAUGAAUGACCACAACAAAAGCAACAAUGACUGCAAUUAUCAAACACGAAACACACUCAUACUAUUUCAUAAUAUUGACAUUCAGUCCAGUAAUCCUCCACUGUAACAGCUCCUUUACUUUGCAGAGAAAAUUGAUUUGUAUAUUUUUUGCCUCUGAGUCCUUGUGGGAUUUUUUUUUCUUUCUUCAAACAGAAGGUCACAAAAAUUAUAAUCAUCCCCAUCAGUUCACUAGUCCCAUGUAAUUGAUUUUUUUUCAUCUUUAUCUUUUGUUAGCACUUUUAUGAAUUCAUCAGUUUUCCAUUAGAGUUCUGAAAAUGCUUAUUCAUUCAGUUCAACAGUAUAGUCAGUUACCAGAAACCUGUACUUGUCAGAGUCUUUUCCAUGAAUUCCCUGAAGAUGAAACCCUUUUAUAGGAACAUUUUUGGGAAAGCGUCGGAGUACACCCAGAACUGUCUGUAAAUGACAAAAGACUUAAAAAUGACCACGGUUAAAGAUUUGAUGAAAGUUCAUUAUAAUGCAAUUGACAAGGAAAUUUAGUUAUUUGAGAUAUACAUUUUAAAGUAAUAACUAGAAUUAUGACUUAUAACAUUAUACCAGAACAUAUAAGAUUUUUAGAAAUUUCAUGUAAUGUCUGAAACAUUUAUAUUAACAUAUUUCCAUACAAAUAACCCAAAGAAAGUUUAGUAUUAGUUGUUUUUUUUGUUUGUUUGAUUUUUUACACUGCAGAUUCUUAUUAGUCAUCAGUUUUAUACACAUCAGUGUAUACAUGUCAAUCCCAAUCGCCCAAUUCAGCACACCACCAUCCCCACCCCACCGUGGUUUUCCCCACUUGGUGUCCAUACGUUUGUUCUCUACAUCUGUGUCUCAACUUCUGCCUUGCAAACAGGUUCAUCUGUACCAUUUUUCUAGGUUCCACUUACAUGUGUUAAUAUACGAUAUUUGUUUUUCUCUUUCUGA